AUGGCCCAACCGCAACCAGUCUCCGUGGUGGAUACCCCCGAUGCCGCCAUUCAGCAGCCGUCGCCGGCGCAUGACCGCGACCCGAUUCUCGCCGCACAGAACUCCGGUCCGGCGCCUAUCACCGAAUUGCCAACAAAUUUGAACAACUCUGGGCCCACCACAGCAACAUCUCACCCAGUGAACGAGAAGGGCGGUGAUCCGAACAUGAUGGCACCCCCAAUGAUCCAAGGCGUCACACCCUUACAUAUGCUGGGAGACUCGCCGCAAUGGAUCGAUUGUCCCUUUUGCAUGAAGCGAACGUUGACGACAAUCAACACUGAGGGUACCGGCAUGCAAAUGGUUGCUGGUUGGUGUGAGGACACUCACUUCUCUUGCUCCAACUGCCACAAGAGGGUCGCAACGCGGCCAUACGACGGUCCCAUCCAAGUUUACGGCCCUCAAGGCCCAAUGUACCCAGUAGUGCCGUCUCAGUAUGAGCCCACAGCACCACCAGUUCCUGAGCAACAAAGCCCUCCGAUGUACAAGUAA